CGAACAGCCGCAGUAACGAGCUUCGCGCUAAUAUCGCCGGUCGACCUGUACAAUAGUCUCUCCGGUUGCGUUUACCAAUUAACAUUAUUGUUGUUAUAUUUUUUUUUUUUAUCAAAUUUUUUAUCUCACACCGUUUUUAAACAAAAAAACACAUCGCAAAAUAUACGCGUGUACGAAAAUGAUGACACUACGUUACGAGUAACGCGUUCGAUUCGUGUCCGGCGUCGUUCGCGUACCUAUAUAGUACCAAUGGAAUAAUCGUAGUACAUAUUGAUAAAUAAAAACAAAAUGACGUUUCUCUCGGCUGCAUUUAUACUGCCCAACACAAACUUAUAUUGAUCUAUUAUAUCUAGUCCGGCACGAGCUGAGAAUAAAAUACACGCAUGACGCAUCUCACAGUGUCUUCGUCCAACACGUCAUCUUGAACAGCCCGUCAUUUUCAACUUAACAAAAUGGUGAAACGUAUCAGUAAACAUCAUUACGUGGCCACACCUGGCAGUAGUAAACACCACCAUAGAUCUACGGAAACGCUACCAUAUGUGCACAGAGGAUAUUCCACCGAUGGUGAAGACAGCCAAAGAACUUUGUCCGAGUACACGAUCGCCACGGACAGACCAUCGUCUCGUGGUCAACGGACGCCACCCAGGUCGAAGCGGUCCCGGAGCCUGGAGAGGCCGUCUAGCAGCUCCCGAGCUAGGUCGGCGGCCAGCCACCAUGAUUCGGACGUUUACGUGACUAGUGCCGCAUACAGGCCGCCGUCCGAAAUGAGUCGAGGAUCUCAUUACACCAGCAGGAGCAACCGGAGCAGGGGGCCGGCUCCCAGCCACUACUCGUACCGGAGCAACGGUCUUGCCCCCUCCGAAGUGUCGACGGUCAAGUCCAAAAUCACGCGUAAACCAGGCGUCACCAUUGAGACCAUGUCGGCGCCAAAUCCGUUUUGCCCGAACACCAAGGGUAUGUGCUGCCUCAUGCUGCUGCUCAACCUGGGACUCAUAUUGGUCACGUUGGGUUUCGUCAUCGUCAUACAAUUUUUUGAACCUCUGUUCGUGUGGGUAUUGGGUAUAAUAUUCCUCAUUUUUGGCUUCUUGACACUCAUGGGCAGUCUGAUCUACUGUGUGACGGUGUGCAGAGACGCCAAGACGCCUAAAGAGGUGGCCAUGCAAAAUCACUACUGGACGCAUCAUUGGCAAAAGAGCUUCGGUGCCACACCAGAAAUACAUUACAAGACCGAGAAGUAUCCGCCACAGGCCGUGCACCACUCGGACCACGACGAGUACAGCGAUCGAUUUUCAAUUGGCAAACAGUCGGACAGGCACAUGCACGGGCACCGAUACUAAUCGCAUUAUCAAUCAUAAUUAAUGUACAUAAAUGUUGUAAUGUUUUUUUUGUAAACUGUAAAUAUUUUUAUGCGGUUAAUUUUGGUCAACCUAAUUUAACAGUAGUGGUCAUUUUAAUCUGACACCCAUGUUUAUAACAUCAAAAUAAUGUAUAAUAUAAAUGAUUAUUACUAAUCAUACAAACAUAAUAAUAAUUUAUUUCAAUUGUUGUAAUAAAGAAACUGUUUAUUACCUCAGUUU